GGCAUCACCAGCCAAAAAGUGGCUAAGCUAGCUACAUCCGUGUUGUAUCAUAUCGACAAUAAGUACUAUGAGGAGGAUGUAGACUUCCGCAUAUGCCAUUCACCCAAAGAUAUCUCCGAGCAGACCUUUGAUCGAGUGGAGGGAGUGAUAGUAUUUUACCACAAACUAAAGCCAAGCAAGGUACAGGCAUUGUGGGCUCCUUGGGCGAGUAAGAUCGGCGAUGAUAUGCCUGAGCUAGCUAUGUGUGUCAAUGUGGACACGCCAUUAGCUGAGGAUGGUGUUGAUAACCAAAAGGAAGGACCUGCAUUCGACGUAAACGAGUGGUGUUUAGAAUCCGGGUUUGAGCACGUGUCAGUGGUAUGCGGAGAGGCACUUCGAAGCGAUGCGGGACAAUCCAGGCUUACAGACGAAGACAUGAAUGGGUCUGACAGGAUAGUGGAAGCUCUGCACUGCACAAUGUGGAGCACGAUGCGUAUGAAGGGAGACAAAGAUACAGGCGCCAGCACGAGAAAUACUAGUCAUAUUGUAGACGGUGAUGAUGCUGAGGUGGACAUAAAUUUAAAUGAACAUGAUGAUAUUGAUACGAUACAACCUUCGCAUGACAUACGCUCUACGGCAGAAGAAAGCCGAACAAGUGCACAAGUGGAUGCGGAUCUGGCAGCCUUCCUGACCCCCGAUGAGAUGAAAUUCAUGGAGGGUGGUUUCUUCGGAGACGAUACGAAUCCUGACGAUCCCAUGGACAAUUUGGAAAAAUCGUUCAUGCUAAUGAACUCGCUUAAAGAGAAAGUAUCGACGCUGCCUAUGGAGCAAAGGCAUAUAGUGGCGGAACGGGUCGCGAUGGCCUUCUACCACGCUAUGGAUGGAGGUGAUUCUGAAAACGAGGAAGACGAUUUUGGGUUGGUUCACAGCUAGUAUAAUUAAAGUAUUUUCUAAGUAUGA